CUGGCGAGGACAAAGGCGCGGCUGGGGACUGGGAGGAGGGGGCCUGUUAUCUUGCGGGCUCGCGGGGGAGCUCCCCCGCCGGCCCGCCUCCGCCUCCCUCACGCUGAACCUUCCGAGGCCCCGGCCGGCCAGGCGGCCACUCCGACUGUGAUUUGGGGACGCGGAAGGAGGGGGCCGGGGGUGCUGGGCGCCAGAUACUGUUGAUUCGGGCUCGCGUAGGCUUCCUCGGACAAUCAGCGGCGCCCCCUGCUCGCCUGGCCCCGGUGCCCGGACCUGGGGGUCAGCAAGGCUGCAACCGCACGUUGGGUGGCGGGCAUUUGGGGGUCCUAAGGUGAAGAGCAAGAGUAAGCCAUGGAGCUGCGUGUGGGGAAUAAGUACCGCCUGGGACGGAAGAUCGGCAGCGGGUCAUUUGGAGACAUCUACCUGGGUGCCAACAUCGCCUCUGGUGAAGAAGUCGCCAUCAAGCUGGAGUGUGUGAAGACAAAGCACCCCCAGCUGCACAUUGAGAGCAAGUUCUACAAGAUGAUGCAGGGCGGUGUGGGGAUCCCGUCCAUCAAGUGGUGCGGAGCUGAGGGUGACUACAACGUAAUGGUCAUGGAGCUGCUGGGGCCCAGCCUCGAGGACCUGUUCAAUUUCUGUUCCCGCAAGUUCAGCCUCAAGACGGUGCUGCUCCUGGCCGACCAGAUGAUCAGCCGCAUCGAGUACAUUCACUCCAAGAACUUCAUCCACCGGGACGUCAAGCCCGACAACUUCCUCAUGGGGCUGGGGAAGAAGGGCAACCUGGUCUACAUCAUCGACUUCGGUCUGGCCAAGAAGUACCGGGACGCCCGCACGCACCAGCACAUUCCCUACCGGGAAAACAAGAACCUGACCGGCACGGCCCGCUACGCCUCCAUCAACACGCACCUGGGCAUUGAGCAAAGCCGUCGAGAUGAUCUGGAGAGCCUGGGCUACGUGCUCAUGUACUUCAACUUGGGCUCCCUGCCCUGGCAGGGACUCAAAGCAGCCACCAAGCGCCAGAAGUAUGAGCGGAUCAGUGAGAAGAAGAUGUCGACGCCCAUCGAGGUCCUCUGCAAAGGCUAUCCUUCUGAAUUUUCAACAUACCUCAACUUCUGCCGCUCCCUGCGGUUUGACGACAAACCGGACUACUCUUACCUACGCCAGCUCUUCCGCAACCUUUUCCACCGGCAGGGCUUCUCCUAUGACUACGUCUUCGAUUGGAACAUGCUGAAAUUCGGUGCAGCCCGGAACCCCGAGGACGUGGACCGGGAGCGGCGAGAACACGAGCGCGAGGAGAGGAUGGGGCAGCUACGGGGGUCCGCAACCCGGGCCCUGCCCCCUGGCCCACCCACGGGGGCCACUGCCAACCGGCUCCGCAGUGCCGCCGAGCCUGUGGCUUCCACACCAGCCUCCCGCAUCCAGCCAGCUGGCAAUACUUCUCCCAGAGCGAUCUCGCGGGUGGACCGGGAGAGGAAGGUGAGUAUGAGGCUGCACAGGGGCGCGCCCGCCAACGUCUCCUCCUCAGACCUCACUGGGCGGCAAGAGGUCUCCCGGAUCCCAGCCUCACAGACAAGUGUGCCAUUUGACCAUCUCGGGAAGUGAGGAGAGCCCCCAGUGGACCAGUGUUUGCUUAGUGUCUUCACUGUAUUUUCUUUUAAUAAACAAAAAAAGAUGGAAAAAAUAAACCACUCAAAAGAACAACAACAAAAAAACCCAGCACAAAACCGACAAUGGAUUUUGUUUCUUUGAUUUCUUUGCCAAUGGCAAGAAGAUGGGAUGCCCUCAGCACUGAGGAUUCUUGCCCCCUUGUGGUGCCUGCUGCCCCCAAUCUUCAGGCUGCCAGACGCUCCCCCGACAGCUCCAGGCUAUAGGAGUCAGACGCCAGAGCCCCUGCCGGCCUGCCAUUCCUGCCCCCACCCACCACCUGCUGGGAGAGGAACGGUCCAUGUCCCGGAAGUGGCAGGUCCCAGAGCCGCAGCUGGCCCUUGAGCAUCAUCGGAGUGAUGUGGUCAGUCGAAACCCACCGAAUUUCCCUAGCCUCAGAAUCCAGGAGAUACGCACAGCGACACCCACUCUGAGAUGACAGUGGCCAGCUUCUUGUGCUGAGCUUUUCCAGUGUCCCCCUGGCCUCCAGGCUCCUCCUCUGCCUCUCCUUGGAGUGGGUGGGGAGGUGGUGGGGGCUGGUGUCCCUUGUGCGCGUGUGUGGAUGUAUUGACCUGUGUUUCCCAGGACAGCAGGUGCCCCGGCCCACCCCACCUGCCAGGCCGAAUUCCUGUUUUCCUGUGUCUACUAACAAGGACAUGGGGGUGGGUGGUGACCUCCGAAUCCCUCAGAGCUCAGAGGGUCCUUGCUGCUGCCGAUCCCCCCACAGCCCGUCAUCAGCUGGUGGCAGCUCCAUCCUCCAUUCCUGGUUUUAGGGCAGAAUCCAUGGAGACUACUUCCAGAAGGCAUCUGGCUCUGAGUUACAAAUGACUUCACUGGUCCUGACAGUCACCUGGGGUCAGGGCUGGGUUUCGGAUUAACCAUCCUUCCUAGUUAACACCUCUUUUUGUUAUUUUAUUUUUGUUUGUUUUCUCUGUGUGUUUUCCUAAUUUAUUUACCUCUGUUUCCCCUUUUUCGUUUUUUUUUUUUUUUUUUUUCUAAUUAUAUUUUUUAUCUUUUUAUUACUUUGUAAUUUUAAAAAACUGAAAAAAAAAUACUGAAGAACUUUGGGGGGAAUUUUGUACAUUUUUCCUGUGUAAAUAUUGGACUUUUUUGAGCUUUAUUGUGGUUGUUAAUUUGAAGUAAUAAAGUAGAAAAGAUAAAGUGA